UGGAGGAUAUGAGUUGGUUCGGUCAUUAACAUUUUGGCAAGCAUUAAAAUUUGAGUUUCACAAAUAACUCGGCCUAAACUUUUUUCUACCAAAAAAAGGGACGAUGCAGUAUUAAUAUAAGGUAUUUGUUCAGCUGUUCACACUGAUUAAGCAGCCAUACUUCAAUAACUAUUUAAACUCCAAGCUAACUUCCCAACUCUUUAUAACUUUAAGCCUGUUUGAUCUUCCACUGUCCACUGACAUAUCGUAUUGCUGUUCUUUUUCCCUUUUUAACACCAUGAUUCAGUUGAACCUUUCUUCUUCUUCUUCUGGUCUUUUCUUUUAAACAUGGAAUCACGGGGCAACAGUUGCAGUAUCUGAAGCUUUUGUGAUCGAACUUAAUUGGUCACCACUUGAAAUGGAUAGCACUCAAAUAUCCCGUUUCAGCCUGUUCAUCACAGUCUUUAGUUGUAUUCUGGCGUUCAGUUUUGGGGACAAUUCAAGUUCAACAGAUGCUCACUGGCUUUUGAGAAUUAAGUCAAAACUAGUUGAUCCUGCAGGAGUUCUUGAAAGCUGGUCUCUCAGGGCUCAUAUAUGCAGCUGGAAUGGCCUCACAUGUUCACAUGAUGAAGCUUUUGUCAUUGCCUUGAACCUAUCUGCUUCAACCUUGUCAGGUUCCAUUCCCACCGAGUUAUGGAACCUUGUUUCUCUUCAAACUCUCGAUUUAUCCCUCAAUCUUAUCACAGGUUCAAUCCCCCCUGAGAUUGGACGACUUCGAAAUCUAAGAACACUGAUCCUGUUUGCAAAUAAUCUCUCUGGUAAAAUUCCUACAGAGAUAGGCCUUUUGAAGAAGUUGCAAGUUCUUAGAAUAGGAGAUAACAUGUUGGCUGCUCAAAUUCCACCAAGUAUUGGUAACUUGACUGAGUUAAGAGUUCUGGGUCUAGCGUAUAGCCAAUUAAAUGGAAGUAUUCCUGCAGAGAUUGGUAACUUGAAGAAUCUGGUAUUUCUUGAUUUGCAGCACAACAGUCUGAGUGGCUUCAUUCCAGCAGAGAUUCAUAACUGUGAAGAACUUCAAAAUUUUGCAGCCUCAAACAACAUGCUUGAUGGGGAAAUCCCUGCAUCAAUUGGGAAGCUUAAAUCGCUACAAAUUCUGAACUUGGCCAAUAACAGCCUUUCAGGAUCCAUCCCUCCAGAGAUAAGUGGCCUAUCCAAUUUGCAGUACUUGAAUUUAUUAGGAAAUAGGCUGAAUGGAGAGAUUCCAUGGGAGCUCAACCAUUUGGUUCAGCUCCAGAAGCUUGACUUAUCCAGCAACAACCUAUCAGGAACCAUAAACCUGCUUAAUAUCCAUUUGCAGAACCUUCAAGUUGUAGUUUUCUCCAACAAUGCUUUGACGGGUAGCAUUCCAAGUAACUUUUGCCUCAAGAAUUCAAAUCUGCAACAACUGUUUCUAGCCCAAAAUAAGCUCUCCGGAGGAUUCCCAUUGGGGUUACUGAACUGCUCCUCACUGCAACAACUAGAUCUUUCCAACAACAAUCUUGAAGGAGAGUUACCACCCACCAUUAACAAAUUAGAGAAGCUCACAGAUCUACUGCUCAAUAACAAUAGCUUCAAUGGAAGCCUUCCUCCAGAAAUUGGAAACAUGAGUAACUUGGAAAAUCUUUAUCUGUUCGACAACAUGAUCACUGGUUCAAUCCCAGUGGAGAUUGGCAAGCUACAGAGUCUGAGCACCAUCUACCUCUAUGAUAACCAGAUGUCUGGAAGUAUACCAAUGGAGUUAACCAACUGUGCAAGCUUAACUGCCAUUGAUUUCUUUGGGAACCAUUUCAGUGGUUCCAUUCCUGAAACUAUUGGAAAGCUCAAAGAUCUGGUUUUGCUUCAACUAAGGCAGAACGAUUUGUCAGGUCCAAUACCACCAAGUUUGGGCUACUGCAAAAAGUUGCAGCAGUUAGCUUUAGCUGAUAAUAAGCUAUCAGGGAGCUUGCCUGCAACAUUCAGAUUCCUUUCUCAACUCAGCACCAUUACGCUCUACAACAACUCUUUUGAAGGCCCUCUACCUGAUUCACUCUACUCUCUCAGGAACCUAAAAAUAAUAAACUUUUCUCACAAUAAGUUCAGUGGUACCAUCCUUCCCCUCACAGGUUCAAAUUCUUUAACUGCCUUGGACUUAACAAACAACAGCUUCUCAGGUAGCAUUCCUUCUAUGCUGGCCAUUUCAACAAAUCUUGGCCGUCUUCGCCUGGCAAAUAACCUUCUCAAUGGCAGCAUUCCUUCAGAAUUAGGCCGACUCAAGGAGCUCAUCUUUCUGGACUUAUCCUUCAACAACUUGACAGGAGAAGUGCCAUCUCAACUCUCUACUUGUCAAAAGCUUCAGCACCUUCUACUUAACGACAACCAUUUCACAGGCAAGAUGCCUAGUUGGUUGGGAAGCCUACAUGACCUGGGAGAGCUUCAUCUUUCUUCCAAUAAUUUCCAGGGACAGGUUCCAGCCGAGCUUGGAAACUGCUCAAGAUUGCUAAAGCUUUCUCUUCAUACCAACAAUCUGUCUGGCCAGAUCCCACAUGAGAUCGGACAACUCACUUCUCUCAAUGUCCUAAAUCUGCAAAGAAACAAUCUCUCGGGUUCUAUUCCUCCAACCAUCCAGCAAUGCAAGAAGCUGUAUGAGCUGAGACUUUCAGAAAACUUGCUCUCAGGUCCAAUACCAUCUGAGAUAGGAAAGCUAACUGAGCUACAAGUAAUUUUGGACCUGAGCAGAAAUCUUUUGUCAGGUGAGAUUCCAUCGUCUCUCGGAGAUCUUUUGAAGUUGGAAAGAUUAAAUCUCUCUUUCAACCGACUUGGAGGAGAACUUCCUUCUUCACUUGGACAACUUACCAGCCUGGUAAUGCUAAACCUGUCAAAUAAUCAUCUUCGAGGACAACUUUCUUCCACCUUUUCAGGAUUCCCACCAACUUCUUUCUCGGGUAAUGACAAGCUAUGCGGCCCACCAUUAACAUCGUGCAUGGACUCAGCGGGUCAUGAAAACAACAUUCUGUCUAGCACUGCAGUUGUUUGUAUUAUAGUGGCCAUUGUUUUCACUUCCACAGUUAUAUGUUUGGUGAUGAUUUAUAUCAUGUUAAGGAUGUGGUGUAACAUAAGGGAAGUUUUAAUUAGCAAUUCAUCCGAGGGUGGUGGGAAUGGGAUUGAACAAAUCAAACGAGAAGAUCAAGAGAGAUGGAUGUAUGGAGAUGAGAAGAAAAGGAAAGGAGAGUACUGGAGAGUGAUGAGCUCCCUGGCAUUGGUUCCUUCUCAGAAUCAUAAUGACCACAUUUCUUCAUCAUGCAUUUUUCAAGUUAAAAUGGAUACCAAAAAACUUGGUAUAUAGAGGACACCAUAUGCUUAUUUCAUUUUUCAUAUCUUCUCAGCUUUCUCAUUGUUUGCA